GAGCGAACUGUCAUUCUUCUGUAUAGUCUGUGAUAUAGCCUUUAUAAACCCGGCUAGUUAAAAAAGGUGCUUAAUUUUAUAACAUUACCAUAUUAUCCUGUGACUUUUUAAAUUGUACAUAUUGUCAUAAAAUCAUUUCCAAUGGUGUUUGUUUUGAUUGACUAAUAAAAAGAAUUUAAAUCAUAAUUUUAACAAUGAAGCGGGUUAAGAAACAUCACAUUAAAAGUGAGAAGCCGGAGUCUUCAACUUCGCAUGAACGGCCGAAAGACGACUACGAUUUGGUUUAUUAUAUACAUGAUAGAGUAGAGCUCAUGCAUCAAGUGUUUUCUGUACUGAAACAUAAAGACAUCAAAGCUAUGACUCCUGAAUGCGUGUUGCACGUGUCCAUUGACGAUCUCCAGGAGCUGUGUACUGAAGAGCUCCUCGGCAUCAGUUCUAAACGGCUGUGUGCGAUCCUGGACGGUGCAGAGCCUCCCUCGGACACGGAGUCGUCCAGUGCAUCACAGUCCCCAGAGCGGCUGGAGACCAUAUCGCUGGACAGCAUAUCUUCGGACGAUGAGAUCCUGAGCCAGUCCAGCAGCAAGAAGAGUAAGAAACGCAAACACAAGCACGGCUCCAGAUCCAAGAAGGGUAAGAGCAGGGACGCCAAGGAGGACAGCGGGGAGAUGAAGGCCUCCCGAGCCGGCCUCACCGUGCUAGAGUUACUGGAGCUGCAGGCCCGGGCCAGGGCUAUAAGGGCUCAACUGCAGCAGGACCAGCAACAUAAGCUACAAGAAUCCGUACCAGAUUCUGGUCAACGCGACUCCGACCACGACGACGGGGACGUAGAGAUUAAGGAAGAACCCGCUGAAGUUGUGGAGAUCAGCAGCGAUGAAGAUAAACCAAAAGUUGAACGAAUCAGCCCUGAUGAAAACAUCGCCAAGCAAGCGAAAACAGCCAACGAGAACCAAACAGUAACUAAAAGAAUCAACGACCUCAUCAUAACAGUACCACAGACAAAGCAAACUAGAAAGAUCAAACUCAACCGCAACAAAGCUGUAGCGACAAUUACUAACUCUGAUAAAAAAAUAGAAAAUACUGUAACUAGUGUUAAUAAAAUUGCUUCUAUAAAUAAAGACGUUAUAAAGCCAUCCGUUAAACCUAAAGAACCCGUAGUUACAACGAAACUAUCAAAAAUCACUGCUGUCGAAGAUGUAUCCAAAGACAAACAAAAGAAGAAAGGGAAAAAGAAAGGCAAAAAGAAAAAUGACGAGAAAGAAGGCAGCGACCACGAUGAGAUAACAUUGCAACUGUCUGACACAGAGAAAAUGGAUCUUCUAGAAGAUUUAGACAGAAAGAACUUUGAUACGUUGUCCAGUUCCAGUUCAGAAGAUUCUGAAAGCAGUAGUUCCGAUUCUGAUAGUGAUACUAAAGAAGACAAAACGGAAAAUGAAAAAGUAGACAAAAUUUCUGAAGAAAAAGAACCACAAAAGGCUACAGUUAUAGAAUCGUCAAAAGAAAAUGCAAUUAGUGAAUCUAAUUUAGUUGUUAAUGCAGUAGUUAAUGAUAAAGAACAUGAGGUUGAUAUGAGUGAAAACGAAAAUUGUGAGGUUAAUAAAGUCCAAACAGAUACAACUUUAACGGAAGAUGUUGAAAUAGUUAUUGAAAAAGAUAAAUGUGAUGACUCGAUCACACAAAGCAAGAGUAUUGGUGAAGAAACAUCUUGUACAGAUGAAAAUACGCCAAAAAAUACGAAUAAAACAAUCGAUAGUCAUAAAUGUGAUAGCUCAGUCCAACGAAGCAAUAGUAUUAGUGUAGAAACAUCGUGCACAGAUAAAAAAACGUCACAGAACACUAAUAAAAUAGAAGAUGAUCAUGAAAAUGACACUGACAAUGUAAUUGAAGUGUCUAGUGUAAAAGAUAUACCUGUUAUUGACACAGAAUCAACAAAUGGAAGUAGUCAAACAUCAAAUAAUAAUGAGACAGAGGAAUCUGUAACUGUAGAAAAAGAGAAAACACCCGACAGUAUUGUUGUUUUUCAAAAAUCAAACUUUGACGAAAACAAAGCAGAUGCAGAAGAAACAUUGACUUACGAAACGGUGACAGAAUCAAUCACAAGAGAAACCAAAAAUCUGUCAGAUGGUGAAUUGUCAGAAAGGGCUAGCUCGGAAAUCGAAGCGAUAGAACUACAACCCGAAGUAGUGUGCAUUUCCGACGACGAAACAGAUAAGAAGAGCCAGAAGAAGAAAAAGAAGAAAGAGAAGAAAAGUAAGAAAGAGAAGAAAGCGAAAAAGUCAAAGUCGGAUUUUCGGGAGAGCGGUGACCAAAACUUCUUUAAAGAAACUGAUAAAGACGGCACGAAUGUCAAAAAUACAGACACAGAUGACGCUAAUAUCGUAAAAAUUGAUGUCGCUAGUGAUAAUUAUGACGAUGUAUACGAAAUUCUCGAAUUGUCAGACGAUUCGUCGUGUUACGAAGUCGAAGGUACUGUGCUUUCAAAGGAACCGACUGCGGAAGAAAUAGAAGCUCUCUCCGCCAAAAUAGACCAAAUAGAAAGAGAGGACGUAGUCACUGAAGAAGAGAUACGCGAACAUGAAAUGAGAGAGAUAGAGGAAAACGGCGAGCGGGUGCCAGAGGAAGAUUUAGAGAAUAUUUCAUGGAAGGACCGAUACUUAGAUAGUCAGAAAGUGAAAAAAGUUCUGAGCACGUCCAGUAUAUUUAACGCUUUAAGGAAAAAGAACAAGGAAUUGAAAAGGAAGAUGGAAGAAGCUAAAAAGAGAGAGGAAGUUAAAGAGACAGAGAUAGAAAACCCACCCGCUGAUGAUACAAACGCUGAUGUAUCAAACGUUGUAGAAGGCACUAUAGAACACUUUAAUACAUUGCAAGGAUCAACCAAAUACGUGGAUCCUGUGAGUGUCGAACCUAAAGGCAAACCAGUAGAUCACAAUAAUGAAGAGAUUGCCAUAAACAAAGAAGAGAAUGAACAAUCGCCCCAAGUCACAAGAGAAAUGAAGAAAGACGCUAAGCAACUAUUAAAAAUGUACAAGAGACUGUUGAAAUAUAACGACAUGACGAAACAGAAAGAUCCGAGUAAAAAGAAGAAGAAAAAGAAGGCAAAAAAGAAGAGUAAGGAGGCUGCUUCAGUAACGGGCGAAACGUAGCGUGAAACGGAAUAAAUACAUUUUAUUUUAUGUUAUUUAUUUAUACGUCUCCUGUAUCUGUUAAAAAAUAUUUUUUGUUAUAUUUAAGUGAAUAUAUUAAAAAUACAAAACUAAUA